AUGCUGGAGGCCGCCCAGAGUCCAGGGUCUCCUGCCUGUGUCAUCAACAUCAGCAGCAUCGACGGCAUGCGAACACCUCCAGCGAACACCUACUCGUACUCUACAAGCAAGACUGGCCUCAUUGCGCUGACGAGGCACUUGGCCCGAGAUUUGGGCCCGCGUAACAUCACCGUCAACGCGAUCUCACCAGGGCCGUUCUUCAGCAGGAUGCUGGCAAGCAACUACAGGCCUGCGUAUGAGAACUGGCAAAACCCGGACCACCCUGAGGUAAAGAAGUUCAAGGCCGCUAUCGCAGCAGGAAAUCCUCUCCGCCGGCUGGGAGAAACGUUUGACAUUGCUGGGACGACGAUUUUCUUGAUCUCCCGCGCAGGAAGCUACGUGAACGGUGCCACGAUCAAUGUGGACGGAGGGGUCUGGAUUGGACCCAAGCUGUGA